AUGUGUUAAGAGGAAACAACGUAAGUAUUGUUAAGAGAAUUAAGAUUGAAAACGACUAUUGAUUAAUUAAACAAAAAUUUAAAAUAGUAACAAGAAAAUUAAAGAAAAAUAACUAAUGAAAUUAAUUAGUUUAAAUUUGAAUUAUAAAGCAAAGAACAUAUAAUUUCAGAGUUAAAGAAUUAAUUAUAAUAACAAUAAUAAUAGAAUAAUGAGAUUAUUAAUGAAUUGAUAGAAUAAAAAAAUUAAAACAUAUAGAAUUCAGUUUAUGAUAAGGAUUAUAAAUCAGAAUUGAAUAAAAUUACCAAAGAGAAUGAGGAAUUAAAAAACAAUCUUAAGGGAGUAAACUUUCAGUUGAAUAUUUAGAAGGAAAAAGAAUCUUAAUAGAUAAAAGAAAUCGCUAGUUUAAGGUAGAUGUAAUCAAAUUUAUCAGUUGAGAUAGAGAGAUUAUAAAAUAAAAUAAAUGAAUUAAAAUUAGAAUUAUUGAAUCAUUAAUAGGAGAGCUAAAAUAAAGUGUAAGAAAAAGAAGGGAAGAUUAGUUAAUUAAUGAAUUAAUUGUCACUUUUAAAAAAUUAAGAUAUAAUAUAUAAAUUUGAAUAAAAGUAUGUAUAAUAAUGGAGAUGAGAAAUUUUUAAAGGACAUUUAGUUGAAAAAUAAUUAAAUAACAAUGUUAUAAAAUGAAAACAAUUAAUUAGUGAAAUUAAUAGAGUCUUUAAAGAAUGAACAAAGUAAAAAAAUAGAAUAUAUGUAGUUUAAAAUUAAGGAACAGAAUAAAUAAAGAUAAAAUAGUUGGAAUCAGAACUAAAGAAUUUAUAAUCAUUUAGAUAUGACAGUCCUCUUGUAGUUUUAUUUAAUCUUUUAGAGGAUCGUUUAUCAAAAUAAUAACAAAAGAGUUUUAAAAAAGGUAAAAGAAUUUUGGGCAUCCUAAUUAAAAUAAUGGACAGAGGGAUUCGAAGAGUUAAAAUAAGCAUUUUCUGGUUUAAAGAUUUUAUUAAAGUAUGA